AUGGCUUCCAACCAUGAGCUCAAGGAGGCGCCUCCCAGCCAGGAAAAGCCUGCAUCGAUUACCGGUGUCGAAAGUACAGACAUAGCAGCUGCCUCAUUCGAAGAUUCUGCCGUCAAGCUCUUCCUCGAGACCCACCAAUACACAGCGGAAGAGCUGGCAGCAGAAGCGUCGGCAGUGAGAAGAAUCGUCGACAGGCGCAUUGUCCCUAUAGUAGCGGCUCAGAUCUGUAUCACGUACAUGAUUCAAUUCUUGGACAAGCUGUCUCUCAAUUAUGCCUCCGCAUACUCCUUGAUCGAUGAUCUGGGUCUUGGAGGGCAUCGAUAUGCAUGGACGGCCGCCGUCUUCAACUUCGGCUUGCUUUUCUGGUCCAUUCCGACCACUCUGCUCUUGCAACGAUUCCCACUUGCAAAGUUCACCGGUACCAUGAUUCUGGGCUGGUCUAUUGUCUUGAUCUGCCACGUCGCUGCUCGUAACUAUGCCGGAAUCCUUGUUCUUCGCUUCGUACUGGGGAUGUUCGAAGCGUCUGUGGUUCCUGCCGUGAUGAACCUAGUCUCAAUGUGGUAUACACGCUCUGAGCAACCUAUUCGACUCUACACCUUCCACGCAUUCAACGGAAUGGCAACAAUGUUGGGAGCCCUCCUGGCCUAUGGCUUGGGCCACUCUCAUUCCUCUCACCUUAAGAGCUGGAAAUUGAUCUUUCUAACCAUUGGUCUACUGAAUUUUGUAUGGGCCUGGGUGUUUCUUUGGCUCAUGCCGGACUCCCCCAUGUCGGCCAAGUUCCUUACCCAUAGGCAACAAGUCGUUGCAGUCAAACGAGUAUCGGAGAACAUGAUCGGAGUCAAGAACAAAAAGUUCAAACCUCGACAGGCCCUCGAAGCCAUAACGGAUCUGCGUGUCCUGGGGUAUGCUACUAUCGGUCUGGCUGGUGGGACAAUCAAUGGAGGAGUGUCCAACUUCGCUACGGCACUCAUCAAAGGGUACGGCUACUCAGGAAUCCAAGCAACCCUGCUGCAGCUUCCGGUUGGGGGCUUUGAAUUUGUCCUCAUUCCCAUAUGUGGCCUGAUAGCUACGCGAUUCACCAAUGCUCGCUGUCUGGUACUAGCCGGCGUCUGCCUCAUCCCCUUUGGAGGGCUGCUGGGAAUUCGAUUCACAUCUCUGGAUCAUAAGUGGACUCUGGUCGGCUGCACCUGGCUUCAGUACAUGGUUGGAGGACCGGUCAUCAUAUCAUGCAACCUGCUCGCCAGCAAUGUCGCUGGCCACACCAAGCGAUCGAUUAGCAACGGCAUCUAUUUCGUCUUCUAUGCUGCAGGAAACAUCGCUGGCGCCAACAUUUUCUUUGCACGGGAGAAGCCUCGAUAUUUCUCAGCAAUCUCAGGUCUUUUGAUCUGCUAUGCCGGAAUCAUCGUCAUCGGCCUAGGUCUGCGCCUCUACAUGCAGUGGGAGAACAAACGCAGGGACAGAAUCACCGUUGUGGAUGGCAUUGCACCUGGCGGGAUAGAUGACGCUGGCGCUCUGGGUGGAUUUAAUGACGAGACCGACAAGGAGAACCUUCAUUUCAGAUACGCUUUAUAGCGCUUGUUUCGCUUGGUGGACGUCAUGUGGAACAAGGCGAUGUAUAUCAAGCCAGAUGAGUAGUCUUGGACCGUUGAAAUGUGAACAUAGUUUGAUUUCGAGAUCCAGCUGUGAAAUGGUACUGUAGAAGGUGUCGUACGAAUGUCUUC